AUGGCUCCAGUUCAAAAGAAACAAAAGAUCUCUUCCCUAGAUCAAUUGAAGCAAAUGACUACCGUCGUUGCUGACACUGGUGAUUUCGAAUCCAUUGCUAAAUUCACUCCACAAGACUCGACCACCAACCCUUCUUUGAUCUUGGCUGCCUCCAAGAAGGCCGAAUACGCUAAAUUAAUCGAUGUCGCCGUCGCCUACGGUAAAGCCAAUGGUAAGACCGUUGCUGAAAAGACUGAAGCUGCUGUCGACAGAUUAUUAGUCGAAUUCGGUAAAGAAAUUUUAAAGAUCGUUCCAGGCAGAGUCUCCACCGAAGUCGAUGCCAGAUUAUCUUUUGACACUGACGCUACGGUCAAGAAGGCUUUACAAAUCAUCGAGUUAUACAAGAGUGUUGGUAUUGCCAAAGAAAGAGUCUUGAUUAAGAUUGCUUCGACUUGGGAAGGUAUUCACGCUGCUAAGAUCUUAGAAGCUGAACACGGUAUCCACUGUAACUUAACUUUAUUAUUCAGUUUCCCACAAGCCGUCGCUUGUGCUGAGGCCAAGGUCACUUUAAUCUCUCCAUUCGUCGGUAGAAUUAUGGACUGGCACAAGGCUCAAACUGGUAAGACAUAUGAUAUCCCAGCUGAAGAUCCAGGUGUCAUCUCCGUUAAGAGCAUUUACAACUACUACAAGAAGUACGACUACAAGACCAUUGUCAUGGGUGCUUCUUUCAGAAACAUCGGUGAAAUUAAAGGUUUAGCUGGCGUCGACUACUUGACCAUUUCCCCAUCCUUGUUAGAACAAUUAUUAAACAGUACCGAAACUAUCGACAAAGUCUUAGACGCUGAAGCCGCUAAGAAGAUGGACAUCGAAAAGGUCUCUUUCAUUAACGAUGAAUCCGCUUUCAGAUUCGCUUUCAACGAAGAUGCUAUGUCUAAUGACAAAUUAGCUGAAGGUAUCAGAAAGUUCUCUGCUGAUAUCGUCACCUUAUUCGGUAUGAUCGAAAAGAAAAUUACUGCUUAA